CAGCAGCGUUGCGCUGAAAACGAGCUAGGAGCGCGCGGCGCGCCAGGAGAAGGUUUCUGCAAGUGAGGAGAGCUCUGGGUAGGUUGGUACGGUACAGAAAAGCGCCGAAGAUCACCGCGUUUUACCAUAGUACGCAGAGGACGCGGGAGGCCGAAGGAGCACGGAGAGCAGGGAAGAUGAUUUGCCAUGUGACACGUCCGGACUCGGUGGUGAUGGAGGUAGAGGUGGACGCCAAGUCGAACGGAGAAGACUGUCUCAAUGAGGUGUGCAGAAAGUUGGGAAUAAUAGAGGUGGAUUACUUUGGGCUGCAGUACUCCGGCUGCAAAGGAGAGAACUUGUGGCUGAAUCUGAGGAACAGGAUCUCGCAGCAAGUGGACAGCCUGACGCCGUGCCGCCUGAGGUUGCGCGUCAAGUUCUUCGUAGAGCCCCAUCUCAUCCUCCAGGAGCAGACCAGGCACUUGUUCUUCAUGCACGUGAAGGAAGACCUGCUGAAGGGGCACCUGCAGACUCCACCUGAGCAGGUGGAGGAGCUCAGUGCCCUCAUGGCUCAGGCUCAGUUUGGGGACUACAACCAGAACACGGCCAAGUACCAGUACUCAGAGCUGUGCGGGAAGGAGCCCGACCUGACCACGCUCAACAGCAUUGUGGCCAAGCACAAGGCCCUGGAGGGGCAGAGCCAGGGUGCGGUCGAGUACCAGGCGCUCCAGCUGGUGUCCUCCUUUGAGCACUAUGGGGUGGAGUGGCACCGCGCCCGAGACGCCGAGGGCCACAGGAUGGCGAUCGGAGUGGGACCAGAGGGCAUCUCCGUCUGCAAGGAGGACCUCACCCCAGUCAACAGGAUUCCGUACCCAGUCAUACAAAUAGCAACGCAGUCGGGGAAGAGCGUCUACCUGACCGUCACCAAGGAGACCAGCGACAGCGUGGUGCUGCUCUUCAAGCUCAUCAGCAACAGGGCGGCGAGCGGACUGUACCGCGCCAUCACAGAGACUCAUGCCUUCUACAGAUGCGACACGGUGACAAACGCUGUCAUGAUGCAGUACAGCCGUGACUUCAAAGGCCACCUGGCCUCGCUGUUUCUCAACGAGAACAUCAACCUGGGCAAGAAAUACGUCUUCGACAUCCGCCGCACGUCCAAGGAGGUGUACGACCACGCGCGGCGGGCACUCUAUAACGCAGGUCUGACGGCCCUGAUGUCCCGGCCUGCGGAGCGCUCUCCAUCCCGCUCGCCGCCCCGCUCGCCCCAUAGGGACCUGGACGGCGAAGACGACUGCAAAGCCGACUGCGGCAGCUGCCCGCAGAGCCGCGCCCUGCAGGAGAGGCUACAGAAGCUGCGCGAAGCCUUGCUCUGCAUGCUGUGCUGCGAGGGAGAGAUCGACGCUGCCUUCUGCCCCUGUGGUCACAUGGUGUGCUGCCAGAGCUGUGCAGCCCAACUGCAGCUGUGCCCCAUGUGCCGGGCCAAGGUGGAGCACGUGCAGCACGUCUACCUGCCCACCUGCAGCAGCCUGCUGAGCCUGACGGUGGCGAACAGCGCUCCCCUGCCCGUCCACCGGGGGGUGACCUCGCGCUCCUGCUCCCCUGACGGCUACCCCAGCAGCAAGAAGAUCUGCCAGGAGUGAAGGUCAUCGGCUCGCCUCCGGCAAACAGCGUCGCGGGGGUGGGGAACCGCCGUGUGAAUCGACAGCCACAGAAGUACUGUUUUUGAAAAUGCCAAUGAGGAUUUAUUCUUUUUAAAUAAUGAAACAAAUAUACUUUUUAUAUUAAAAUACAAAGUGUAUCAGUUGACCUGAAGAGCACUAGUGGCAAUAUACUUGUAGGUUUUUGUGGUUGUUGCAGUUAUUCUUUUUUUGGAUCUUUCCUCAAACAGCAUGAAACAUUUGGGUGGAAAUAUUGUAUUUUAUUAAGCAGCCCAUAAAUAUUCAUACUGUUUUGCCUUUUUAAAAAUCUGUUAUGCAUUUUAAGCCUUAUUUAAAGUCUUUCUUUUUAUAAACAUUAUUUAUAUGCUUACAGAAGCUCCCUUUUCCAGUAGGAUGGAGUGAAAUGCAAUAUGUUUUGGAUUUGUGUGUGUGCUAUGCUUUAAUCUCACGUGAUUGUGCCAAUGAACAAGUUGGGCUCAACGGGUCGCGAACCUGACACUUAGUGAUGGUGCCAGUGCUUCGUGGUUCUCAGGCCGUGUACAAGUUUUCUUUUUUCCCUUUUGUUUUUAAUUUUUCUUUUCCUCUUUGUUUGGUCCACUAGUCAAGUACUAGUAGGUCUGUCUGUGCAAUACUAGCUAAGUUUUGGGGGAGAGAAAAAAAUACAGAAAAAAAUUCUACACUGUCACUUUACCAAGGAAAUUUCUUGAACGUUCUCUAGGGUUUGCCUUAAAGUAGCAACACAGUGUGUUCUAUAUGCAUCCUGUUUGUUUGCACAGAUGUGUCACAUCUGGAGAGAAUCCUUUUGUCUGACGCUGACACUGCAGGGGAGCCUUUGCUUCCAUGACUGUUUUAAAGCAAAAACUGUAUGCUCUAAA